UGUAUUGUGUUGCUGCUUCCUCUUCAAUACUCAAAUCAAAUCAAAGAAACACUACUGUUUCUUCUUCACUCCUCAUCCUCAACAGAACAAUUCCAAUUCCAAUUCCAAUUCAAAUCCACAGUGAUUAGGGUUCUUCCUUUUCCACAUUUACUAACUACUAAUCACUUCCUUUACUAACUAUUACUUCCUUUCACUUACAUUACUAAAAACAAAACGAUGAGGAUUUUAGGUUUGUGUAUAUGAUCCUAACUCCCUAACCUAACUCCGAACCUGUAAUUUAUUGAACAAAAAUGGGUGUGAGUGUAGGUAAGGCUUGGAGGUUAGGAAUGUUAUCGACGAACCUAGCUUUGUUACCAAAAAACAAAAGAAAACAACAACAACAACAUGUUUGUUCUUCACAGCAGAGGAAAUCCAUGACGAUUUCUUGGUCACUCAUUUGUGGUUUGAUGCUUUUUAUUUUAGGUUUAAUUUCCCUUCUCACAGGUCACAUGCUUUCUGAUCUCGAAUGGUACUCACAUCGAUUGGUUCACCCUACUUUCUACACUAGAUUGGAUGGACAUUAUCGUGCGCCAAUUGAUAUUUGGGAAUCAAAAUUUUCUAAAUAUUACUAUGGAUGCAGUGAUAGGGGACGCAAUUAUGCUCCUGCUGUGCGUGAGCAGAUGUCAAAUGGCUACUUGCUUAUUGCAGCUAGUGGAGGAUUGAACCAACAAAGAACUGGGAUAACAGAUGCUGUAGUUGUUGCACGAAUUCUUAAUGCCACGUUAGUUGUACCUGAGUUGGAUCACCAUUCUUAUUGGAAGGAUCACAGCGACUUUAUCAAUAUUUUCGAUGUUGAUCGGUUCAUAUCUUAUCUCGCAAAAGAUGUUACUAUUGUCAAAAGAGUUCCUGAUAAGAUGAUGAGGUCAAUGGAAAAACCCCCAUAUACAAUGCGCGUCCCAAGGAAAUCAGACCCCGAUUAUUAUCUUGAUCAAGUUUUGCCAAUACUUUUGAGACGACAGGUUGUACAAUUGACGAAGUUUGACUUCAGACUUGCAAAUCACCUUGACGACGAACUACAAAAACUACGAUGCCGUGUUAAUUUCCAUGCUUUGAGAUUUACCAAACCUAUACAAGAACUUGGUCAAAAACUUGUAACGAGAAUGCAAAAGAUGGCACACCGUUUCAUAGCAGUCCAUUUGAGGUUUGAACCAGAUAUGCUAGCUUUUUCAGGUUGUUAUUUUGGCGGGGGAGAGAAAGAAAGACAUGAGCUUGGUGAAAUCAGAAAAAGGUGGACAACAUUACCUGAUUUGAGCCCAGAUGGAGAACGGAAGCGAGGGAAAUGUCCUCUUACUCCUCAUGAAGUGGGUUUGAUGUUGCGUGCACUUGGUUUUACAAAUGACACAUACCUCUAUGUUGCAUCGGGAGAAAUAUAUGGAGGGGACGAGACUAUGCAGCCUCUCAAAGAUCUUUUCCCUAACAUCUAUACAAAGGAGAUGCUUGCUGAUGAAGAGCUGAAACCUUUCCUUCCAUUCUCAUCUCGCCUUGCUGCUGUAGACUACAUUGUUUGUGAUGAAAGCGAUGUAUUUGUCACUAACAACAAUGGCAACAUGGCCAAGAUUCUAGCUGGUCGAAGGAGAUAUAUGGGUCACAAAAGAACAAUUAGACCAAAUUCAAAGAAGCUUAGCACACUUUUCGAGGGAAGGAAUCAAAUGGAUUGGAAUACCUUCUCCAGAAAGGUUAAGCAUUGCCAAAGAGGAUUCAUGGGAGAGCCAGAUGAGAUGCGACCUGGACGAGGUGACUUUCACGAAUUUCCCAGCUCUUGUGUGUGCGAGAGACCACAUGCGGACGAAGAACUCGGUACAAAGAUUGAUACCUAACUGGCUGACUGAAAAAGCUGAAUCAACGUUGAACGUGAGUAGAAGGACAAUCACAUGAUAAAGUUAGAAACUUUGGACCAGGUAGGUUAUUGUGUGGGGAAAAAAUGUUAAUAUUCCUCACGUGCCUUUUUUUGUCAGCAGAAAAUCAAUUGAUAAAUGAAAUGCAACAACAAUGCCACCAUUUUCACACUCCAUUUGUAAUUGUAAAUCAUCAGGAGGGUUUAGGAUAGAUGGGUGGCUCAGUUUAGGACUUAGAGAGACAUCAACGCUUUGCCAAAUGUUAAUAGAUAAAUAUAAAUAUAUGGUUUGUGUAAAUUGCAUUCAAGUUUAUAGCUGCAGGUUGUGAUAGGGUA